AUGGACGCCUUCAGCCGGUGGUAUUCGGCUGCAGAGCAUCAGGCCUUCAGUCGGAAGACCCCUCCCUGGCUCUACGAACUGGACAGUGACCCCAAGCGGAAGGAGUUCCUGGACGACCUGUUUGGCUUCAUGCAGAAGAGAGGCACCCCCGUGAACCGGAUCCCCAUCAUGGCCAAGCAGGUGCUGGACCUGUUCACUCUGUACCGGCUGGUCACCGAGAAAGGGGGCCUGGUGGAGGUGAUCAACAAGAAGAUCUGGCGGGAGAUCACGAAGGGGCUCAACCUACCCACCUCGAUCACCAGCGCGGCCUUCACGCUCCGCACCCAGUACAUGAAAUACCUGUACCCCUACGAGUGCGACAAGCGCGGGCUCAGCUCCCCCGGCGAGCUGCAGGCAGCCAUCGACAGCAACCGGCGGGAGGGCCGGCGGCAGGCCUUCGGGACGGCGCUCUUCAGCUACUCCCCGGUGGGCACCCCGGUGGGCGUCCUGUCUCCCCCCAAGAUCACCAUGCCCUCCCUCACCAUCUCGACGCACAGCUGUGGGCAGGUCGGCCCCGUGCACACCAUCAAGAAAGAAGAGAGCAUCCUCUCGGCGGCGGUGCCCGGCCGCAUCGCCAUCCCCGUCAGCCUGGCCGGGCACCACUUGGUGGCCGCGCAGGCAGCCGCGUCCCAGGCGGCCGCGCUGGAGCAGCUGCGGGAGAAGCUGGAAGCGGGCGAGCCGCCCGAGAAGAAGAUGGCGCUGGUGGCCGAGGAGCAGCAGCGCCUGGUGCAGCACGCCCUCCAGCAGAACCUCCUGGCCGUGGCCUCGCAGUUCCCGGUGAACAUCAAGAUCAACAGCCGCGGAGAUGACAGACAGGAAGCUGCAUUGAACCUGUCCACCAACGGCAUUAGCAGCAUCAACAUGUCAAUUGAAAUAAAUGGAGUUGUCUACACAGGCGUGCUGUUUGCCCGGAGGUCCGGCAUCGCGGGCAGCGCUGGCGGCGCCCACAGCCACGUGGGCCCCGCGGUGGGCCAGAGCCAGCUGCUGCCCACAGCGUCCCGGGGACACACUCCAGCCAGCGCCUCGCCGUGA